AUGAACACUUCUAUACUGUUUGGAGAAGCUGGAAUAAGAGAUAAAUUACCGGAGGUACACGCAGAAUACAUAUUUCGUAAUAGUCCUGAUGGGUACAAUUACACUAGAGGCAAAUAUGAUCCUCAUGUGUACUAUAACACUACAAAUGGUACCUAUCAUGCGAAUGGUGCCUUAAUACUAUUAAUUGAAGAGUUUAUGCGAGGGGGCUUUUAUACAAUCGGAAUGCAUUUUAUGAAUAGGCUAUGGACAAUCCGAGUGCCGGAAACAACCAGUAUUCCUUACGACCCUGAUAAUCCUGAAAGAGUCGAAAUUGUAUCAGUACCCAUUGCUGUUAAGGCAUAUACAUGUGAAAUGGAACGCGUUAAAGAUGAUUACGGGAGUUACAAUAAAUGGAACCUCGCAGUCACUUCAAUUUACGAAUUAACACCGGAGCAUUGGGCAUCGUAUCUAGCCGUAAAAGAUACGCAGACAGCACAAGUUGAAGAAGUCCUCGUACGAAUAAACAUGCCGAAACAUAAAAUACCAAGCAGUGUCCUCGAAUGGGCAAGGUUUACUUGUAAAGAAUCCAAAGUCAAUAAUGAUGACACUGUGCAUGACUUGUUUGGUUAUAAGCUAGGAGUAACUUUGGAUAGAAUCCCUGAGACUAAAUUAGUUAAGAAUAGGGUUGGAAGUAUAGUUGCUGUCGAAAUUCAAAACCCAAAAAAUUAA